UUUACUGUUUGCCGUCAACAAUGCGCUCAAAUAUAAAAUACAUUGUUGAAGUGAUUUCCUUUAUUAUCUGUUUAUUUCUUUAUUGUGAAUACGGCAUUUAUUAUGCUGUCAUAGGCAAUUGUGGGUGGCCUAUAUUAGAUCCCAACAAUGAGGAUCCAAACAUUAAAAGCACAAAUGAAAAACCAGUCAAAGUUAUGGUACUGGCUGACACCCAUUUACUGGGCUCUAGAAAUGGACACUGGUUUGAUAAGUUACGAAGGGAAUGGCAAAUGUAUAGGGCAUUUCAGACUGCCAUUCAAUUGCAUAAACCUGAACUAGUCUUUGUACUUGGUGACUUAACUGAUGAGGGAUUAUAUUGUAGUGCUGCUGAGUUUGACUAUUAUAUUAAAAGAUUUUACAAUUUGUUUCAUGUGCCCGAUGAAACAAAAUUGUAUGUAGUUGUUGGAAACCAUGACAUAGGCUUUCACUAUGGUGUAAGUCCUUAUUUAAAUCAAAGAUUUGUUACUGCUUUUAAUGCUCCAGCAGUUCAGUUAGUUUCGCUUAGAGGAAAUCAUUUUGUUCUCAUUAAUAGUAUGGCUUUGGAAGGUGAUGGAUGCUUUUUGUGUAAACCAGCAGAGUAUGAACUGAACAAAAUUAAAAAAAUUCUGCAGUGUACAAGAGGUACACAAGUGGACAAAUGUGACAAGAGAAGUUACCUUGAUGUGUACAGCCAUCCUAUACUUAUGCAGCAUUAUCCUCUAUACAGACAAUCAGAUGCUGAAUGCUCUGAUUUUGACGCGGCCCCCUUGCCAGUAAAACACGAGCGAUUUAGGGAACGUUGGGAGUGCCUGAGUCAAGAGGCGACGUUACAAAUUUUAAAUCAAAUUAAACCCAGACUAGCUCUUUCAGGGCACACCCAUCAUGGAUGCAGCAGAAAAUUACCUGUGGGAGAUGGUUUGGAAAUAACCAUUCCCAGUUUUAGUUGGAGGAACAAGGAAAAUCCCAAUUUUGGAAUGGGCGUCUUUACUCCCAACAAUUACGCCUUCACCAAAUGUAUAAUGCCCAACGAAAAUACCGUCAUCAACGUGUAUAUGUUGGGUGGUAUUUCUAUCGUCCUCUGGAUUUUAUAUUCCUACUUAUUCCGAUGUAGCAGGAGGAAAAACAAAUAUUGCUGACACUGCCUUCCUUUGUUUCGUUGAUUUUAACUUCUUUAAUUUAUUAUUAUUAAUUAAUUUUUAACGACUUUCUGUGAUUGGUUUUUUAAAUGAUUUUAUUGGAUUUUUGUCGUUACAGGUAUUAGUUAUUUUAAUUUACAAGAAUCGACUUUUUAUAUUGAUAUGUAUGUUAUUAAUGUUAAAAAUUUUAAAAUUCGACAAAUUGAUGUGUAUAAACAGGAAAUCCAUUGAUCACAAUGUGGGCAAUUAUCGGAAUUCAUUUGGCAAAUCUUACGAACUGUACAGGUUCAAGGCCAAAACUAUUAAUUAAUUAUCGGCAAAUUUGGUUUUAUUUUAAUUUCAGACUUAGCGAAGAACGUUAACCCAAGAUAAUCAUAAUGAUAUUGUGGUCUUGACCCAUUUUUAACACUGCUCCAUUUCGAUAUUUAGGUUGUGAUACUAUCAUUGUAUAAUAAAACCUGAAUCUUAUAUUAAUUUUUUCUUUUUUUUUACAAAAAAUGAAUACAUGUAUAAAACACUGUUCGUCUUAUCGUGUACCUGAAAUUUCUCGCAGAAAUAUAUAUCCCAAUGUGUAAAUUACUCAAGUUCUAUAUGUACCUGUCUGUAAUAUACUGUAUGUUAUACUUAUACUCGAACUAUAUACUAAAUGUCUAUUUAUAACUCGGUGUUCAUACAACUUGCUACAAAUAAGAUUAUUGAAAAUGAUAGACCUAAGCGUAAGUCCGUUUUUACAAUGGAACCAUGCUUAUUUAACCAAAUGUGUUAUACUGUGCCAAAUAUAAAAUUUAAUAUU